CACAACCUGAACUCACCUAAUUGUUCCUCGCUUUUUCCGUCAACAGUGACUGGUCAUGGCGAACUCAAAAUAUGAAUACGUCAAGGGGUUUGAGCAGCCAGACGCCCUGUUACCGAAUACCUGGGUUGUAGUGCGGGUCGACGGACGAGGGUUUCACAAACUGUCCGAUCAUUAUGCAUUCCAAAAACCCAAUGACCGGCGGGCGCUGGAUCUGAUGAACAAGGCGGCCGUCGAGGUGAUGAAAGACCUGCCAGAUCUAGUUCUCGCGUACGGGGUCAGCGAUGAAUAUAGUUUUGUUUUCCAUCCGACCUGCGAACUGUUCGAGCGACGGAGUGCAAAGAUUGUGACGACCGUCGUGUCGACCUUUACAGCACACUAUAUUUACCACUGGAAUACCUUCUUCACUGAAACACCUCUCAAGCCGCCAUUUUUGCCCUCCUUCGAUGGGCGGGCUGUCACUUACCCAUCCACACGGAAUCUCAGAGACUACAUGAGCUGGCGGCAGGUCGACUGUCAUAUUAAUAAUCUCUACAAUACUACUUUCUGGGCUAUGGUGCUCAAGGGAGGAAUGAGCAAUACCGAUGCCGAGCAGGAACUGAAGGGAACUGUCUCGUCCGACAAGAACGAGAUCCUCUUCAGACGGUUCGGGAUCAACUAUAACAACGAGCUCGAGAUCUAUAAAAAGGGCAGCGUGGUGUAUCGCCAGUAUGAACUAGAAACCAAGGAAGGCAAAGAAGCAGCAUCAUCAGAUCUUGAACCUGUCUCCAAAACACAACAGGAAAAAAUGCGCAAACUGCGCAAAAAGGCGCAAGUGGUGGUCGACCAUGUGGAUAUCAUCAAAGAUGAUUUCUGGGAUAGACGGCCGUGGAUUGUCUCGAACAAGCCGGGCAAGCUACCAGUUAGUCAGGAUAUAUCAUAGUGUAUGUCUUCAGAAAUAAAUAUUCUCUAUGUAUUGCAGGG